AUGAAGGGACUCCGAAGUCUGACGGCAACAACCUUGGCUCUUUUCCUGGUGUUUUCUUUCAUAGGGAAUUUCAGCAGCGCUCGGCAGAGACUCUUUGAGAGAAGGAACUGGACUCCUCAAGCUAUGCUCUACCUGAAGGGUGCACAGGGGCGCCGCUUCAUCUCCGACCAGAGCCGGAGGAAGGACCUCUCCGACCGGCCGCCGCCGAAAAGGCGUAGCCCAUAUUCCCAACCACUAACUCUUCCAGAGGCAGCAGCCCUGUUACUGGCUUCUUGGCAAAAGCCACAAGAAAGCUGGAGAAGAAAACUUUGAGCAACCAGAUUCUUGGAAGACAGUCUGCUAAGCUGGUGAAAAUAUACCAAAUUGUAUUCAAUUACAGUUGUAUUCUUGUUGAAAACAUGAACCAUGUGAAUAAAGCCCUUAGACCCUUUUACACCAUUUGUAAUCUUAGGAACAUACAUAACUAAUUUGAUUCUUUUAGAAGCAAAGGCAGUGUAGACUUCUUAGCUGAGACUAUCAUUGCUUUCUUUCAUUGCUUGAUGUUCUGUUUAGAUCACCUUGUGUCAUACUUUUGAAUUUUUUAGAGCAUUUAAGAUUAUAAGGCUGAAAACUCUUUUGAGUGUUCUUUCUUUUUGUUACAAUCAGUGGCUUUCUUGAUCUGAUUUCGUUGUUGUUGUUGUUGUUUUCCAUUCUGUUACCCGCUUGCAUUUUUUUUUUUUUAUUCCGCAGUCAUUCUCCCCCUCUUUCCCCCUUUUUCCCACCCAAGCAGGGUAAGGGUGAGGGAAGUGCAUGGCAGGAUGGGAAAGAGGAUAGUUCAGUUCUCUCCGUAGUUCAUCCGGGAGAGAUAAGUUGGUAAGCAGAGAGAUGGCAAUGGGGUAGGAAAGAGAAAUAAAGAGUGUAUAAAUUGGAAAGAUAGAACAAAAUGGUCCUUUGCAGAGACAACAGGUGAAGCUGGAGCUGAAGAAAGUUUGCUAAAGAUCCACAGCUGGGAACUCCCCAUAUGCUUUUCCAGGAUCUCCCCAAAUGCAAUUUAGAAACAUGGAUCUAAUAGCGACUCAAAAUAAGCAAUGCAGACACACUAUACUAUGUUUAUAUUGUACAAAGGGAACAACUGUACUGUAGAGUUAACCAAUUUCCAUGGCUAAUACACUCAACAGACUCAAGACAUUGCUUACACCAGUUGUCUAGAGCUCUAAGUUUUAUCUGACAUCAUAAAGUUACAUAAAAGUUAUCCUGAUAACAGAAAUGCAUGGUAAUAUGCCUAAUUAACUCCUUUUCUGAGUCAACUUGGGUUCAAUACCAUCUGAAAAAAUGUUCAUGCAUAUACCUACAGAUACAUACAGCAAGCAUAAUAAUUUAUUUUUUUCUGAAUUAAAAUAUGGCCACCAUGUUAAUUAUUUUUGACCUAAUUAAUUCAGAGUUGUUAACGAUGCAUGUCAUAAAUGGAAAGUACUGUUAAUUCAUGCUAACUAUCUUUGGUAUAUUGUCAUUAAUUAGAAGCUAAAGAAUAUCUUUAUGUGAAUGUCUCUGAAACUUGGAAUUACAGUUUUACUGGUUAAGAAGCCAAAACUCUGCUUAUAAAAUUUGUUUGUAUCUUGUUUCAUAAUCGAAUAAUGAAACUAUAUUCCAGAUAAUGUAGCAAUGAUUUCUGCUAAAAAUAAUAUACUAGCAUUAAAAAUCUAUGUGGCAUUAUAAUACACACCUGUCAUUAAUCAUGAGUUGCACUUUUGAUUAUAAACUGGGAUUUACUAGACUGUGCAUAUGUCCAAUAUUAUGAGAGUUAUUUUCGUUUACUCAUCUGACAUAAAUUUGUACAUCUUGUCUAUUUAAGUAUUAUGUCUA